AUGAUGACAAUGGGGAGCGGCAGAUGUUUGAGCAGAUCGACAAACUUGGCAAAGCUCCACGGCUCUCGCAUAUACUCAGAUCUGCCACCAACCUUACUGGAAACCCUCCCUACCGAUGGCACGGCGUGGGAUGGUGGUCCAGUUACCUUUACCUUUGACCAGCCGCUUGAGCCCGCCAGCACCAUUGCGUUUUCCGUCGAACCGACACUGGCUGGCGAUGUUGUGAUCACAGAAAGCACAUUGACCUUUACGCCAACGGCAGUCCCGCUUCCCGGCGCACGCUACCACUUGUUGAUCGACGCUGACGCCACUGGCACCAACGGUCUGGCAUUGGGAACACCCGUCGAGAUUAGCCUCGUCGCGGCGACACCACUUACCGUCACCUCGACCCAACCAAGUGAUGGCAGCGAAGAGAUCGAUAUUGAUAGCCAAAUUGUCAUCGUCUUCAACAAGCCAGUGGUGGAACUUGUGGGGAUCGAUGCUCAGGGUACACUGCCCCAACCAUUGACGAUUGAACCGGCAGUCGAUGGUAAGGGGGAAUGGCUCAACACCAGUAUCUACGUCUUCCAACCGGCGUUGGGAUUGGCUGGCGGCACCGCGUAUGCAGUAACCGUGGCUGAUCUGACCGGCCUCAACGGGGAAGUGCUAGAACCUCACAGCUUUAGCUUUACCACCGCAUCGCCGAUUGUGACCGAUGUACAGAGCCGCAGUGCCACCAUGCCCUAUAGCAGCGGCCCAGCCAUUCCACCCGAUAGCACCUUCCAGAUCAGCUUUAGCCAACCGAUGGAUCGGGAAAGUACGGAAGCGGCGCUGACAUUGCUGCAACUCGCAGACGAGCGUUUGGUAGCCAUUGAUGCGUUCACCUGGGCCGAGGACAGCCGUACCCUCACGGUGACACCAACUGCACCGUUGGAUUUUGGAGCAGAGUACCAGGUAACGGUCGAUGAGGCGGCCCAACCGGCAAGUCGGCAGGGCAAUCUGCGCGAACUCUACAGCGAAACAUUCCAAGUCGUUCCCUUGCCAGCGGUUGCCAACACCGUGCCACUGGAUGGUGCCACCGAAAUUCCGCCCGAUGUGAGUGUGGUCAUCCGCUUCAAUACGGCACUGAGUGAAACAACUGUUUUACCCAAUAUUAGCGUCACGCCUACCCUGACCAACACACAGGUCUACAGCUAUUUCCGUAGCUGGGAAAACGCGGCGGAGGUGAGUUGGGUUAAAGAAGCUGAUACCACCUACACCAUCACCGUCGGGGCGGAUAUUGCCGAUCCGUAUGGCAAUACACUGGGUGAUCCCUACAUCUUCAGCUUUGCCACCGGCGAUCACAGUUCCUUUGUCCGGAUGGGCAUCGACCGCUUCACCCAUUUCAGUGCCUAUACCGAGACACGGGUCAGCACGCUCUACCGCAACGUCAGCAGUGUUGAUACCAGGCUCUAUCAGUUGCCCAUCGAAGAAGUAUUACGGUUGGCUGGCCAGAAUCAAUGGGAAAUCUGGCAGAAUUACAGCGUCCCCGAUCCUGACCAGAAUCUGCUCUGGGAACGUAAUUAUGAACCGAUCGUCGGCUCCAACGUGACGGCACGGCAGGUCAUUACGCUGACCGAUUCUGCUGGCGAUCUCCUUGCACCCGGUUUCUAUCUGCUCGAAGUGACUUAUCCGGAGCGAGACCCAGAGGAAGAUCAGGGCGAUCCAUUUGCCAACCCCACCCAAGCGUUGAUCGUGUUGAGCAACAAUAAUCUGCUACUGAAAAAAAGUACCGUGGGUGAUAGCUUAGCGUGGGUGACCGACCUACAGACGGGAAGACCAGUAGGCGAUCUAUCAGUCCGCUUUUUCCACAGCAGCGGCUCGGACGAAACCGCAACCAAUGACGAUGGGAUCGCACGCAUUCCGCUAGACCUCGAUUCAGAGAACAGUUGGACACCAGUAAUUGCGAUGAGUGGCAACCCAGGUGAUCCCAACUUUGCGGCCACCUCCAGCGAAUGGAACGAGGGUAUCGGCCCGUGGGAUUUCAGUAUCAGCGGCGGUUAUGGUGUAGAACCAUACCAAACCUACUUCUACACCGACCGUCCCAUCUAUCGCCCCGGCCAGACGAUCUACUGGAAAGGGAUCAUCCGUCAAUUGGUCGCUGAUCAAUAUGAACUACCAGCAACCGAUCUGCCCGUCACCAUCAUUAUUCGCGAUGAUCAAGGCGAAAUGCUGCUAGAAGAGAACCAUACCCCCAGCGCCAAUGGUACCCUCAACGGUGAGCUAACAUUGAGCCCAGACGCAGUCACUGGCUUCUACUACAUGGAGGCACGCCUGCAAAUUGCCCCUGAUCGCACGGUCUACGGCGGUGCGGGCAUCCAAGUCGCGGCCUACCGCAAACCAGAAUUUGAAAUCAACGUCAGCAGCGAUCAAAUCGACUAUCUGAAUGGCGACACGGUCAAUGUCACCGUGCAAGCCAACUAUUUCAGCGGUGGCCCACUUGCCAAUGCACCGAUUACGUGGCGGCUGCUCAGUGAGCCCUACUUCUUUAAUUGGCAAGAUGCCGACGGUCGCUACUACAGCUUUACGCCAUACGACCCAGAGACCGAAGAUUACGAUCCCUACCGCCGCGCCUUUACAACGGGCAUGGUGCGGGAGGGGAUUGGUACCACAAAUGGUGAUGGUACCUUUACGCUGGAAUUACCAGCCGAUCUGAGCAUGGCGUUACAGAGCCAGCGUUGGACAAUUGAUGUAACCGUCCAAAGCCCCACCAACCAGUUUGUGAGUGGACGCACCGCCUUCCCGGUUCACAAAGGUGAGUUUUACAUUGGCUUGCGUCCCCGCAGCUACGUGGCACAGGUAGGCGAAGCGGCCGAGAUCGAUCUGGUCACAAUUACGCCACAGGGGUUUGCCUACCCCGGUAGCGAAGUUGAUGUGACGAUUUAUGAAUUCAAUUGGAACAGUGUCUAUGCCCAAAGUGCCGAUGGUACCUUUGCCUGGCAAACAAGCGUUGAACGCACUCCCGUCUUUACCACUAGCGUGUUAACACCACGCAGCGGUAUGGAAACGAUCACGUGGACGCCGGAAACGGGCGGGCAAUAUCAGAUCGCUGCCACCAGCCGCGAUGAUCGGGGCAAUGAGAUUUCGAGUGCGGCCUUCCUCUGGGCGGGUGGACGUAGCUUUGUGGCGUGGCCACGUGAAAACAACGACCGCAUCGAAUUGGUCGCGGACAAAGAACUCUAUGUACCGGGGGAAACCGCCAAGAUUCUGGUGCCAAGUCCCUUCACCGGUACGGUUGAGGCAUUGUUGACCCUCGAACGGGGUGGUGUACUUGAGUCGCAACUUGUCACCCUUAACGGCAACAGCGAAACGUUGGCAAUUCCGAUUACGGCUGAUCACAUUCCCAACAUCUUUGUCAGCGUAGUCUUGGUCAAAGGCGUCGACACCAGCAACCCGACGCCAGCAAUGCGCCUGGGCUAUGUCCAGCUCAAUGUGGAUACCGCGGAAAAAGCCCUGACGAUUGAGGUUGCACCAUCGGCAGAGACGGUACAGCCACGUGACAGUGUUAGCUAUACAUUGACUAUCCUAGAUCAUUUGGGCGAAUCAGUGGCAGAUGCCGAGGUAAGUGUUGCCUUGAUCGACAAGGCUGUGCUAUCGCUGGCAGAGGGCGAUACCCGUCCUUUGCUUGACAUCUUCUACUACGAACGCCCCCUCGGUGUCACCACCGGUGCAUCGCUCAACAUCAACCGCGACCGCCUGAGCCAACAGUUGAGCGAAGGAGCCAAAGGUGGCGGCGGUGGUGGCGGUGGCAUGGGGCUGCUGGAAGUACGUGAGAACUUCCCCGAUGUUGCCUACUGGCGCGCAGCAUUGACCACUGAUGAAAAUGGAGAAAUCUCCUUUAACGUAACGUUGCCCGACAACUUGACGACCUGGACGCUGGCCGCCAAAGCAGUCACUGCCGCUACGCUUGUCGGUGAAACGACCAACGACAUUGUGGCCACCAAGGAAUUGCAAAUUCGCCCACUGGUACCCCGCUUCUUCACCGCCGGUGAUGAGGCGCAAGUGAGCGCGGUUAUUCGCAAUACAUCGGAGCAAGAUAUCGACGAGGGUUGGUUAACCUUCAACAUUAGCGGCUCUGACAUUGACUUUGAUACAAAUCAAGAGCGCUUCACCGUUGCCGCGAGCGAGGAAAUACGUAUCAAUGUACCCAUCGCGACCAGCAGCACAGUGACCGAGGUAGUGAUCCACUUUACGGCAGAUGUAGAGGAAGGACCAGCAUUGCGCGAUAGUGUUCGUCUCCGUAUUCCGGUCAAACGUUAUGAAACGCCCGAAGUGGUCGGCACCGCUGGCACCGUCCCACCGGAGGGACGACUGGAAGCGAUCCGGCUGCCACAAAACGCAACUGAGAAUGGCGAACUAGCGAUGACGCUGGAGCCCAGUUUGGCUGCGGGGAUGCGUGAUGGUCUGACCUAUCUGGAACACUUUGAGUAUGAAUGCAACGAGCAGACGGUGAGUCGUUUCCUGCCCAAUCUCUUUACCGUGCGGGCGCUCAACCAACUGGAGAUUGAGAAUCAGGAACUCGAACGCAAACUUAACUUCCAGCUUGGCAUUGGCGUCCAGCGCUUGGUCAGCCGCCAAAACGAUGAUGGUGGUUGGGGCUACUGGCCCGGCGAAGAGAGUACACCCUUUGUCACGAGCUAUGUGCUUUGGGGCCUGGUCAAUGCCAAGGCGAUAGAGUACACCGUGCCCCAGCGCACACUCGAAAGCGCCGCUGAUUAUCUCGACCGUCAAUUCCAAGCACCAGAUGCCGUUGCCAGUGACUGGCAGCUCAACGAAAUGGCCUUUAUGAAUUUUGUCCUCGCGGAGAUGGGUCAAGGUGAUCCAGGGCGGGCCGUGACGCUCUAUGCCGUACGUGAACGGCUCAGUUACUAUGGGCAGGCACUGCUGGCGAUGACGCUAGCGAAUCUGGAUGAAGAUGGGGGACUCAAUCCACGGGCGCAAACCUUGCUCAAUGACCUCUAUGGUGCAGCCCAGUUGAGUGCCACGGGCGCGGCUUGGCACGAAGAGAAUACCGAUUGGUGGACAUUGAACACCGAUACACGGACGACAAGCAUGGUGUUGGCGGCCUUCGUUCGCCUCGAUCCCAAGCAGCCGCUGUUACCGAUGGUUGUACGUUGGUUGAUGAGCGCACGCGAAGCGGGCCGUUGGGCAACCACACAGGAGAAUGCCUGGGCGAUCAUUGCGCUGACCGAUUGGAUGGCUGCCUCGGGCGAAUUGGAAGGAAAUUAUGAUUGGACGGUUGCACUGAAUGGCAAUGAGAUUGGUGCUGGCAGCAUCACGCCAGAGAGCAUUAACACACAAGUGCAGUUGCAAGUUGCCGUGGCUGAGUUACUACGUGAUGAGGCCAACGCCCUCCAAAUGACACGCAGUGAUCGGGAGCCAUCUGGACGCGGACAACUCUACUACACCACCCACUUGCGUUACUAUCUCGAUGCCCUUGCCAUCGACGCACGUGAUCGUGGCAUCGUCGUUGACCGCCGCUUUGAACUGGAUGGGCAAUCUGUGCAAGCCGCAAGCGUUGGUGAUGUGAUCAGUGUGACCGUGACGAUUGUUGCCCCCAGUGCUCUCCAUCACGCCUUGAUCGAAGUGCCGAUUCCGGCUGGCACCGAGCCCAUCGAUCCACGGCUGGCGACAACGAGUGCGCAGUAUGACGAAUAUGGCCAGAUCGUGCCCGUCGAUGACGGUCGUCCUUGGUGGUGGUGGACACCAACCCACAUUGAUCUGCGCGAUGAGAAGAUGGCUCUCAUUGCGACCUACUUACCGGCAGGCACGUACGAAUACACCUUCCAAGUGCAGGCAACGGUGCCAGGUGAGUAUCGGGUGUUGCCAGUACAUGGUGAGAUGAUGUACUUCCCCGAGGUGUGGGGGCGGAGUGCUGGCGCACUAUUUGUCGUGCGGGAGUAG